AUGACAAAUCCUUACAGAUGGACAAUUGUUAGAAGAUUCCUGAAAUCAAGACCCCAAAUUGAUACGAUUAGGUCAAAAUUUGACGAGAAAUUCGCGAUGAAGGGCACUGUCAAAAUUGGGGUUUUUGAUAAUUUCAACAUCUUUCUGACCUUCAACAACGAAGCAGACUUCAAUGGCAUACUAUAUAAGAGAGUGAUUGAGAUUGAAGGUUUUCAAAUCUGGUUGCAAAAAUGGACUCCUAACUUCAAGCCUGAGGAGGAUUUACCGAUUGUGCCAGUGUGGGUACUGUUACCAGGUUUUCCUUUUCAUAUGCACACAUGGAAUUAUACUAAACAAAUUGUUGCUGCAGUAGGUAUGCCUAUCGAAAUUGAUAUGGCUACUAAAACGAUGAAUAGACCUAGUAUGGCUAAGAUCCGAGUUGAAAUUGAUUUAAUGAAGCCUUUAAUUCAUAAUAUCUGGAUUGGUACUGAGGAUGACAAUGAACCUCUUAAAGGUUACACUCAAAAAAUUGAAUAUGAAAAUAUUCCUAAGUAUUGUAAGCAUUAUAAGAAAUUAGGACACAAUCUGAUGGAAUGUCGUGUGUUAGAAAGGAAAAAAGAAAAUGAAAAGAAAAAAGUGGAAAUGAUGAAACAACACACCAAUCCAAAAAAGGAUGUGCCUAAAACAGAUGGAAAAGAAAAUGUUCCAAAUGGGAAAUAUGAGGUACAGAGCAGAGGAAGAGAUCAAAGACCCCUUCCAGACUUGUUCAGGAAUAGACCAAGGGGUAGAAGUGAGCCUCCUAAGGUUUUUAAGCCUACAUGUGCUGUUUUUGGGAUUGAUAAGCCUAUGCCAAUAUCUGGAAAAAAACAGAAUGAAAAGAAUGCUGAGAAUGAUAAGAAUGUUGAUCAUAAACUGGUUGAGAUGGAGCAAAAGAACCAAGAUGACUCUAAUCAUGAAGAGACAAAUGAACAGCCUGGUCAGAAUAAGGAGAGUCUACACAAAGAAAUAGAAUCUCAAGGAAUUCCAAAAGAGAAGGUUGACAAUCUUGAUAACACUGGGAAAGAUCAGCAAGAAGAUCAACCUAUGAGGCAGACUGUUAUGAUCAAUAAUCCAAAUGAACUCACGGUUGAUUUGCUCGAAGGUAAAUGGCAGGAAUUUGGGAGCAAGAAAUCGAAAGCAGAUUAG